CUCAGAUCCUCGCUAGGAAAGCUUCAAGGAAAGUUUUUCAUAAAAAAGUUAACAAUGACAAACGUACUUUCUAUAUAUUUUGCAAUCUCAAAGAUACGUACAUAGAACAAAACUAGAAAUAUUGUAAACGAUCUCUAAACGUGCGAGAAAACUUAUAAAAACUCUUGUAAAAAAAUAGUGUUUUAUUUUUCACUUUUCUAUGAUAUAUUCAAGGCUUACCGGAAACAGUGAGUGACGUUUCCUGACUUUUUUUUUGUUAGUACGUUAUGACAUUUUGUAAUAAAUCAACAAAUCAACCGUCUGCAUCACCUUUCAAAUCGUUUUCAUUUAACUUAAACGACGACAAAGGCGAUUUGUGAUUUCUCUUUCUAAUUAAAUAAAAAAAUCAGCCUUACUGCCAAACACAAAUGUUUGAGUAAAAGUAUUUGCUCGCAGUUAACGUCGAUCGUGACCUCGGAAUACACCUCAGAUCUCCUCAUCAAUGUUUCCUCUACCACAUUAUUUUACAUUACUUUCGUCAUCAAAUAUAGUUCAUUCAGAGUUAAUAUAGAAACUAUGAAGCAUCUAUUGGAACUACUUCAGCGUAUCUAUAACGAGCUACGAGAUGAGAAUGAGAUUAAUAUCAUAAAAAAAUAUGGGCAGCUCUCGAGGCGGUACACGGCUGCACUUAUAAUAUUUUCUGUGUUUAUUCUUAUUCCCAUAAUUACGUACUCAUUUUGUCCGCUCAUUCUUGAUAUCCUGCGGCCCUUAAAUGAGACUCGACCACAGCCCUCGUUGGAAUUCAAAUACUUUGUUAAUCAAAAAAAAUAUUUCUAUCUGAUUAUGCUACACGCAAUAACAGCUUUUAUAGUGGGUGGGCUCGCGAUGGUAUCUACGGGUGCGAUACUCAUAGCAUUUAUACAGCAUGCUUGCGGAAUGUUUCGAAUUUCCAGCUACCGUAUCGAGCACGCGAUGGCAAUCGAGACUGCACAAAGCAGCAACGCGGGGAAUGGUAAUAUGAUGUACGAGGGUCUAAUUUACGCUGUAGAUAUCCAUCGUAAAGCUAUGCAGUUCUCCGAUUUGUCAAUAUCAAAAUUCAAGGUGUCGUUUUUCCUCUUAAUAGUAACCGGUGUGGCCUGCGGAAGUCUUAAUUUAUUGCGAAUUUUUCAGGCGGUAACAGUCGGAUACACUAACGUCGGGAUGUUAUCAAUACCUCUUGUGUUCUUUGUUAUCCACAUGAUCUAUAUGAUCGUGAGCAACUCUGUCGCGCAAGAUAUCAUGGAUCACAAUAGCCACGUGUUCGACACUAUAUACGAUGUUCGCUGGUAUGUGGCACCUUUGAACGUACAGAAGAUGAUACUAUUUUUAUUGCAAAGAAGUACCAGAGUUUUUAGUUUGAAUAUUGGCGGGAUUAUCGUGGGUUCGUUAGAAAAUGCCGCCACGAUAUUCAGCACUAUAGUAUCUUAUUUCACCUUUUUUUACUCUACGUGGAACAAACGCGAGAUAUAAUACAAAAUAGGAUGAAUGUUAGCGAAAGGAGCUUAGUUACAGCAUGCACGGGUACGUAGCACCUAUUCAAGUACAGAAUAUAAUACUGUUUCUCUUACAAGGAGGCACCAAGCCAUUCCCUCUGAUUGUCAGUAAUUUCGGUGUGUGGUAUCCUUGGAAAGCGCUAAGAUAAAAGGAUGUAUUCGCAUCAAAGUAUCAACAGAUCGCGGCCCUUCGCCGUUCGAGUGAGACCGCAAAUGAAGAAUAAUAUUUUUCAUUACACAUAAAAAGCAUCUCCAUACCAUCUCUAUCUUACUUCCCCAUUUUUUACUUUACGCGACAGUGAGCAAGAAUCGUCAGCUAUAAAAUAGUCUAAUGAAUUAGCAUUAAAAGAAAUCUCAAUUAAAUAUUGACAAGGAUUGGUGAAAUGUAAUGUGUAUCUUACCGACCUGUAGAUAGAAUCCCGGGAAUGAAAAUAAGUGCUUAGAAGACGUGAGAAUAAAUGUUAGAUGAAGACGUUUUCACUGAGAAAUACAUGUAUGAUUACUUUAAUCUGGACGCCUAAUCGGCAACGAGUUGAUGGUAUCUCGAUGGUAUGUUGCUUUUCGAAGUUGGUGAACUGACAUUUCUCUGAAAGGAUCAAACGUGACUUACAAAACCCGCACGCGACAGACUGAAGCACGUGGUACUGCAUUCGCCGUGGAAACCUUCACGCCUACCUCGUACAUGACAAAACAACAAUCCCUCCCACCAAUGUAUAUAUGUAUUCUAUGGGAAAUAAACAUGUGUCAAACUUC